AUGGAAAUUCUGUGUUUAGGAGGCCAUCAUGUUCGCGUUUUUGGACAGGAUGUGGAACGAGGAGCUUUCUCCCAGUGUCACGCCAACCUCCCUGAUCAACAUACCGGCUCAACUUAUAUGCCAUUAAACGAUCUCAGUCUUACGCAGGCUGAGUUCACGGGCGACAAUUUCUCACCGAGCGAAUAUGGUGUCAUGGGAAUUGACUACGGAUAUUCUUGCAUGUCCCCAAAUGCCCUGGGGAUGUGGGAAGCGCAGCUUGGAGAUUUUGCCAACAGCGGCCAAUGUAUCAUCGACCAGUUUGUCUCGUCUGCUGAGAACAGGUGGCUCAUGAGAUUCUGGACUUGUGUUGUCGUUGCCUAA